AUGUCGACCAGCCCGAACAAACGACAGCGCCUGGCAGGAUCCUUUUCGCCAGCCUCUCCGCCGUAUCACCUCGCCAAGACGGCCGAGCAGACAAAGCCGCCUGUCCACCCCAAUACACCAACCUCACCCCCGUACAUGUCAAACACAACGCACCCCAAUGGCGCUCCGUCCUCGAUCGCAGCCGCGACUGCCCAUCCGCCAGACAUGACGCCGCCCUCGUCCACGCCCGUAUCGCAGCACGCCUCGCAUCCACCCCCGCCCGUCGCGAACCACGCCUUUCCCACCCCAGCGAGCAGCAUUGCCGGCACCGUCUCGUUUGCCGUCAGGGACGGGGACGGAGAUGCCCAGAUGACGGACGAUUCCGCCGAAGAGGUUGCCAGGGCCAGCGGCGACGAUGCCGCCGUGGCUGCGUCGACCGAGCACAGGCGUUCCAAUCACGAUCGGCAAGGUGAUGCGCCGUCAGCAGGUGAGAAAGCAGGCUUGGACCGGCUGAAAGCCGACAUGGGCUCGCUUUUCAAGCUUUGUAAAACUCCACAUCCUAUCUCGCGACCGCACGCCUCCCAAAACCUCGUCACUCUCUACGGCUUGAACGACAUCGCUACCUCUGUUCAGAGAAUAAAACCAGGCACUGCCAACGAGAAGAAUACGUUGCGCAAGACCUACCUCGGCCACGUCAAGAACCUGCAGCUCGCUGGUAAGAACAAGCCAUAUAACAAUCCAAAUGAGGACUUUCGAGAUCUUCUUUCGUGGCCGGCUGAAGAAUGGCACAACCAGAAGGAGCACGGCAAGAGUAUAAGUGAUGGGUUGGGCGAUGAAGUUCUUGGUUUGCUUGACCGGGCGCUGCAGAUGGCCCCGGGGAAGCUACCGCAUGACCAGGCAGAGAAAUGGAAGGGCAUAGUAGCCCCCGACGAGACCGUCAAGCCCAAAUCGAUUGCAGAUAUGCCCGGCAAACGACCUCUACAGCCUGCCCCCGCUGGCAGAAACCCGGCCGCCAUGUCACCUGGUCUCAAAUCAGCUCGGCCAGAACGAUCAGGAGUGAAGCGCCGUUACAACGAGACCAGCUUUGUUGGCUACGGGGAAGGCUAUGCCGAUGACGAUGUUGCCGAUUCAACUGGCGGGGAAGACGACGGCCGGGGCUCAACAAAGAAAAAGCGUCGGAAGGAAUUCUCUGCUGGCAGUCCGCUUGGCAUGAAUGACAGGGGAAUGUCCGGUAUGGGCAUGGUAGGCUUCCGACGAUGA